CAGUGUGUUCUCUAAGUUCACCGGUUCCGGGCAAACAAGAAAGCUAUUUUUGUUAGUUAUGUUAACGGUGGUGGGUACCCACCGCCUCCCCACCACCACCAUUCACGCGGCGGAGCUGUUUCUCACUAACCCACCAAUCAAAACCCAACACCCACAUUGCUCUCUGUUUUGUAAUCUGUUCUGCUCUUAAAAAGUUUUUUUCUUUCCUUCUUUCUGAUUUCUCUAUUUUUCCUUCUUUUCUUUUCUUUUGACUUGACUGAUCGAUCUCUUUGAGUCAGAUUCCUCUUCAAUUCCCACUGUCUACUCUUUUUCUUUUCUCUUUUCAUCGUUUUUACCUCUAUUUCUCUUCUGGGGUUUUCCUUUAUUUCUCUGUUUUUUGCUUUCUUCUCUCUCUUUAUGGCUUCCUUUCCUCUUUUCCUUCUUUUUCUCCUUCUGGGUCUCUCUCUUUCGCCUGUAAUUUCCACUAAUUCUGAAGGAAAUGCUUUGCAUGCUUUGAGGAGAAGACUGUCUGAUCCCACCAAUGUGCUGCAGAGUUGGGACCCUACGCUGGUUAAUCCUUGCACUUGGUUUCAUGUUACCUGUGAUUCUGAUAACCAUGUGAUCCGCUUGGAUUUGGGAAAUUCAAACAUUUCUGGGACUUUGGGGCCUGAAAUUGGCGACCUCCAACACCUCCAAUAUCUGGAACUCUACAGGAAUGGGUUAAGUGGGAAAAUUCCUACAGAGCUUGGUAAUUUAAAAAACCUCGUAAGCAUGGAUUUGUAUGAGAACAAAUUUGAAGGAAAAAUUCCGAAAUCUUUUGCCAAGCUCGAGUCACUCAGAUUUCUACGGAUGAACAACAACAAGUUAACAGGAUCGAUCCCAAGGGAGCUUGCAUCACUCUCUAAACUCAAAAUUUUUGAUGUCUCAAACAAUGAUCUCUGUGGAACAAUUCCAGUUGAUGGCCCCUUCGCUACUUUCUCAAUGGAAAGCUAUGUAAACAACAAGCUGAGUGGCCCGGAGUUGCAAGGACUUGUUCCAUAUGACUUUGGAUGCUGAACUGAGCUCUAGCUCAUUGAUCUGAUUCAAAAUAGCAUGGCAGGGACUUAUCAGGUUUACGUUGAAACUAUUGUUCCUGUGGUAAUUUCACUGCAUGUAUUGAAAAAUAUAGGAAGCAAAAUAAAAAUGUAUAAGUUUCAAUUCUCAUUGAGAACUAACGAGACUCAGUUCUAUUAUAUAGUCGUCCAACUUUGCUAUUUCUUUUUUCCCAUUUGUUGGGAUGAAAGAAUAAGCUCAAUAUUAGUAAUAGUUCACUCUUCAAGCUUACAAGUUAAAAUACCCCUGCAGAAAUGGGAAGUCUGGCAGUUACAUUACAGCCAUCUAAAUUCAUAUUUCAGUUUUCAAUACUUUCUUCCUUUACAAAUUAUAUAUAAUUUAAAAAUUGUACGAUGAGACUUGA